AUGCACGGCGCCGGCGCGGCGGGCUGGGUCGCGCGAGCGCGAGUUUCGCGCGCGCGGCGACGCGGGGAGCGGCGCGGGGUCGCGAGCGUGGUGUUUUGUGGUAGGCGGUGCGGCGGCGCGACGCUGGAGCGCGUGCUGCGCGCGUCGAGCUGCCCCAAGCACAGGCUUUGCCACAGGCUGUGGCCCACUUUAAGAGCGGAUUUUGGCCGGGGUGUCGAGCCAAGCUCGCCGUCGACCGCUGAGCCGCCCGCUGGAGCGCCUCUAAACUCGCGGUCGCGUCCUCGUCGCGUGCUCGUCGCGCGCCGCGCCGCCCUCGCCGCAACCAUGUCGAUGGUCUUCGACGAGUACGGGCGGCCCUUCAUCAUCUUGAAGGAGCAGCAGCAGAAGAGCCGCAUCAAGGGCUUGGAGGCGCAGAAGCACAACAUCAUGGCCGCGCGGUCCGUGAGCAACAUCCUGCGCACGUCCCUGGGCCCCAAGGGCAUGGACAAGAUGAUGGUGAGCCCCGACGGCGACAUCACGAUCACGAACGACGGCGCGACGAUCCUGGACAAGAUGGCCGUCGAGCACCAGGUGGCCCGGCUCCUGGUCGAGCUGUCGCAGUCCCAGGACGACGAGAUCGGCGACGGCACGACGGGCGUCGUCGUGCUCGCCGGGUCGUUGCUGGAGCAGGCCGAGAAGCUCCUGGACAAGGGGCUCCACCCCGUGCGCAUCGCCGAGGGCUUCGAGACCGCGUGCAAGGUCGCGAUGAAAACGUUGGGCGACGUCGCGGACACCGUGGCCUUCGACAAGACCAAGGACGACAAGGUCCUCGUGGAGACGGCCAUGACGACCCUGAGCUCGAAGAUCAUCAACGUGCACAAGCGGAAGAUGGCGCAGAUCGCCGUCGACGCGGUCAUGUCCGUCGCGGACGUCGACCGCAACGACGUCAACUUCGACAUGAUCAAGAUGGAGGGCAAGCCCGGCGGGCGCCUCGAGGAGACGGAGCUCAUCAAGGGCAUCGUCAUCGACAAGGACAUCUCCCACCCCCAGAUGGCCAAGGAGAUCAAGGACGCGAAGAUGUGCAUCUUGACGUGCCCCUUCGAGCCGCCCAAGCCCAAGACGAAGCACAAGCUCGACAUCACGUCCAAGGAGGACUACGACAAGCUCUUCGCCCGCGAGCAGCACUACUUCACGGAGAUGGUCGCGCAGUGCAAGGCCUGCGGCGCGAACAUGGUCAUCUGCCAGUGGGGCUUCGACGACGAGGCGAACCACCUGCUCCUGCAGGCGGGGCUGCCGGCCGUGCGCUGGGUCGGCGGCGUGGAGCUGGAGCUCAUCGCGAUUGCUACGGGCGGCCGCAUCGUCGCGCGCUUCUCCGAGCUGAGCGAGGCGAAGCUCGGCAAGGCGGGCUGCGUCCGCGAGGUCGCGUUCGGAACCACCAAAGAGCGCAUGCUCGUCAUCGAGGACUGCGCCUCCAGCGAGGCCGUCACGGUCCUCGUGCGCGGCGGCAACAAGAUGAUCGUCGAGGAGGCGAAGCGCAGCCUCCACGACGCGAUGUGCGUCGUGCGGAACCUCGUCAAGGACAACCGCAUCGUCUACGGCGGCGGCGCGGCGGAGAUCGCCUGCUCCAUCGCCGUGUCCCAGGCCGCCGACGACGCCACGGGCCAGGACCAGUACGCCAUCCGCGCCUUCGCCGACGCGCUCGACGACGUGCCCAUGGCCCUCGCGGAGAACUCGGGCCUCUCGCCGAUCACGGAGCUCACGGCCGUCAAGGCCAAGCAGCUCGCGGAGAAGAACCCGAACCUGGGCGUCGACUGCCUCCAGCAGGGCACCAACGACAUGAAGCAGCAGAAGGUCUUCGAGACCCUCAUCGGCAAGCAGCAGCAGGUCCAGCUCGCGACGCAGGUCGUCAAGAUGAUCCUCAAGAUCGACGACGUCAUCAUGCACGGCUCCUACGCCUAGGGGGGCGCGCGCCCCGGCGAAAAGGCGCGCCCCGGCCGGCCGCGCCCGGUUUAACCUCGACAUCCG